AUGGAAGCACCUGCUGUAGCGAUCAACCAGUGUAUAGAGGGAUUAACAGUUGCUGGCAACGGAGCGUUAUCAUCCAUUGAUACAUUAAAAAAAACUAUAAGAAGAGUUAGACGUGAAAACGGACCACACAUUCCAAUUGCACCUUUGAAUAUUUUAUUUGAUUUGGAAAUUCCAAAUAGCUUUAAGGAAUAUGAAGUUGAGCCUGGUGUGUUUGAAAAUGUUCUAUUAUGUGAUAAAAGAGCUGGAAAUAAUAGAAUUCUUCUAUUUGGUCGACAGAAGGGUUUAGAAAUACUUUCGUUAUCUCAUCAAUGGUUUGUUGAUGGAACGUUUAAAAUAGCUCCAUCUCUAUUUUCCCAAGUAUUCGUGAUUUUAGGAUGUCACAAUGGAGGUGUUCGCCCUUGUAUCUAUGCAUUAUUGCCUAGCAAGAAUCAAGAAACUUAUACCCAGAUGCUUGUAGAGAUAAAAAAUUUAUCACUUGGUAUAAUUGCAGGAAGCAUAUCGGUGGACUAUGAAUUGGCUAUUCACAACGCUUUUAGGGCUGAAUUUCCCAAUAUAGAAAUUCGUGGCUGUUUUUUUUACCUCUUUCAAAAUGUAAAAAACAGAUUGGAGCUGCAGAAUUGA